AAGCAGCCGUGAAUUACACAGUUGAUGAAAUCGACAUUUGCGAAGUCGAUCGGCACCUACUCCUCGUGCUGCCGUUGCCCGUUUCCAUCGACUUAAUUACGCAGGCAGUAUAAGUAUCGAUCGCGAGCUAGUCCUCUGACCUCAUCGUCUGAAUCAGGGCACUCGAAUCGAAGCCCAAGCCAUGGCGUCGGCCUCAGGUCGGUUCGGCAUUUCCUUCUUGAUCUUGUUCAUGACGUUGCUGGUUUCUUCCGGGAGAGGCCAGCUUUCCUCGUCCUUCUACAGCGAGACAUGUCCGAUUCUGCCGGUGACUGUGAGCUUAGUAACGAGGACGGCUCUGUUUCUGGAUCCGAGUUUGGGAGCCUCCAUGCUCCGACUCUUCUUCCAUGACUGCUUCGUUAAUGGUUGUGAUGGGUCGGUUCUGCUGGAUGACGAUGGGAAUUUCGUAGGGGAGAAGAACGCAGGGCCGAACGCCAACUCGCUGCGCGGCUUCGAGGUCGUCGACACGAUCAAGGCGGCGGUGGAGAUCGAGUGCCCCCAAACCGUCUCCUGCGCCGACAUCCUCGCGCUGGCGGCGCGCGAGUCCGUCGCUCUGCUCGGCGGGCCAUCGUGGGCCUUGGGAUUAGGCCGGCGCGACUCCACCACCGCGAGCCUCAGCGGCGCCAACAGCGACCUCCCCUCGCCGGCCUCCAGCAUCCCGCAGCUCGUCUCCGCCUUCGCCGCCAAGGGCCUCAGCGCCCGCGACAUGACCGCGCUCUCCGGCGCGCACACCGUCGGCCAGGCCCGCUGCGUCAACUUCCGCGACCACGUCAACGGCGACGCCAAUAUCGACGCCUCCUUCGCUGAGCAGAGGCGGCGGAGCUGCCCUGCCUCCGGCGGCGAUGGCAACCUCGCGCCGCUCGACGAGCAGACCGCCGGCACCUUCGACAACGCCUACUUCCAGAACCUCCUCGAGUUCCGGGGGCUCCUCCACUCCGACCAGGUGCUUUACAGCAACGGCACGCAGGAGUCUUCGCUCGUGCAGCUGUACGCCUCCGACCCGUCGGCCUUCGAGGCCGACUUCGCCGCCGCCAUGGUCAAGAUGAGCAACCUCAGCCCGCUCACGGGAAACAGCGGAGAGAUCCGAAUGAACUGCAGAUCGGUCAAUUGAAAUUGGUAUAGAUUCUUGAAGUUUUUCUAUUAAUUAUAUAUUUCAACCUGUAACAAAAAAUAACCAACGUGUGUUCAUAUAAUUUGCGAGAGUGAAAAAAUAAUAUCCAAAUGUAUAUUCAA